ACUUCAGUCGUACUGCCUGGCACAGUAGUAGGGCCAGUUUGCUUUGGAGGUAUUUGGGUCAGUGACAUUGCUAGGUACUAAUUGCUAUUUAUAUCCAAGUGAACCCAAUAAUUACCUAUAUUGCGUCAUAGGACUGUGCAGUGUGUUCGAUUCAACCUCGAGUCGAUGCCUCCAUGUGAGGAUAUAUGACCAGGGAAGGCAGUGACUGAUCUAGGACGUUUGAAUUUCUAGGUUGGUCUCAAGCAGCAAUCAAGUCUAUCUCGGUAUCGUUGACGGUGUCCGGGUUUUGUAUACAGUACAACUACCGCCGCUGCCGAGAAGCGGUGUCGUUUCGCUUCCCCAUCGGAACCCACAAGGAUCGGCAUGACAGACGACGACCCUAUCAACUGACUGACCGCGCGGAUUUCAAACAUUAUUGCUUUUUGUUUUGAAUUGUCGAGCUCAGCUCCCAAGUUGGACAAAUCAUUAUCCCGGACCUCGUGGCUUUACAGUCUAUUAUUGUUGAUCUUACCGCUAUUCCGGGUUCGAGUAGUAUCUUUGACCGGACCAGACCGGACCAGAACCUCUUCCCUCCGAGCCUUUCUCUCGCACAUAGCUGCACACAGAAUACACACGUUGCUCGUAAUCAGGUCGAGCGACGGCCAAACAAAAUGACAGACGCCCGAACCAACAUGCCAGACUCGAAUGGCGGACACGCAAGAGAGUACGAACCGACGAGUCUUGAUGCGAAGCAACAUGGAAUUGCACAAAACACAAUCGACGAACAGAAAUCAAACUACGGCAUCAAAACUGCCGUCGACCGCGACCUUGGCCGCCGAAUGCCCGCAACCACAAGUAAAUCCACCACAGGCGCACCAUCACUGCCCGAAAUCGGCGCGGGCCAAACAUUCAGCGAGAGCGUCGACGAGGCCCUAAAGGGUUCGGAAGGACAAGCGAGCGAUAAGGCCCGUCGGAUUGAUGAGUCUAUUACUACGGACGAUAACAGGGGUGAUUUGCAUGAUAAGGCGGCGGCGAAGCAGCCGUGAUUGAGAUUUCUGGAUAUAUAGACUAACGAAUACCAAUCAUUGGGUCUUUUUUCCAACGUUUGAUAUGGGCAUUGCAUUUGAAAGUUUUGCAUGUAAUUUCGCGGACCUCGGAAGAGCAGACACUACCACUACCACGACCACGACACUGCCAGGUCCACCAUAACUACUGAGAGAAAAAAAAAGAAAAGAAAAAACCCGGUUCUAGCUUCCUGA